AAAGUACCUUCUUUAGUCAUAGUUCUUUCGGCGCUGAGUAAAGCGCCCACUGUGACUGUUGUUCUCGGUGUCAAUAUUAGUCAAUAUCAGUCCGCGCUUUCUGACAAAGGCAAAUGCGCAAGAAGAUGCGAGUACUUCACUAGAUCACAACGAGAAAGACGGAGGCUCGGAACAGCAGACGGGCUCUGCAGAUGCAGAGACUGAACCUGCCAGUGAUCCCUUCCAAGAGCAAUGGGAAAGUUUCCGCGACGAGAAUUAUGAGGGUACGAAAGGGAUUUUAUGGGUUUCGUCGACACUCAUCGUUGCAUUUAGUAAUUGAACAGCUUCCACUUUCCUUGCAUCGAAUGUUCGCAUUGCUUCAUGAACUUGACAAGAAGUACGAGUCCUUCACGGCAGAAUUGCAGAAAUGCAUUAAAGAAUAUUCUGCAUAUCGUGAAUCGCUGUUACUCCAGGCGUCUCGAACUCCCACACGUAAAGAUAUCUCGGAAUCGGCAGAGGGCAUUGAUGAAGAAUCCGUCGCUCCACAACCGCUUGACGAUGAUGCUGAUUCCGAGCCAAAGGAUGGACAACAUCUUGCUGAGCCUUCAACCAACGGAAUCCAGUCACGUCACAAUGUACAAGCGUCAGCUAGCACCAAUACUCAGGACCCUCUGUCCUUGAGGCUAAAGACGCGCCAAAUGCUAGAGUACAUAGCGUUUUUGAUGGCCGAAAGUGCCAAGGCUUCUGAAGAGAAGCUUGCAUUGGCCGCGUCUGCGUAUGACUCCACAUGUCCGAUCGCUGGAUUCAAUAAUCAAGACGGAUGAAACCGCUCUUGUCUUUAACACCCGGCCGGGAACACUUCCGGCCGCAUCAGUCCUUCCGGGGGUGCCAAGUGGACCUAUUCAUGAAGUCAUUGAGGCGGAAACUAGUGAGGAAACUGCCUCAGCACGCAGUCGAAAGCGAGGUAUCAAAAGAAGGCACGAACCG